UAUCAAUGAGAGUGGGCAUUUCGUUCUUUAUCCAGAAGCCUUGCAGUUUGACACGGUGAAGGAAGACGCAGAGAUGCGGCCAUUGUAGUUGCUUGGCAUGCUCGGAUUGGCCUCAUUACCGCUUCCGGCUCGUGUUUGGGCAGCACGGCGGCUAAGCCGAACAAACCUGGUUUCAUGCCACAGCGACCACAGUGUACACUGUGAUUGCAGCGGAAGUUCCGGAUGGGGAAGGGCGGCCGUCGAGCAAACGGCUCUGGCUAUAUGUAGAUGUGGCGGACCGCGGCGUCCGCUGUGCCUCGCGCUGCCCAUUGCUCUUCGUGACACAGACUUGACAGCUGCACACGAGAUGGUGCGUGCCAUCGGCCUCCGGGCGCUUACGCUCCUCCUCGCAACUUUCCCGCCCUGGCCUUGGGCCGAGGCGGCGUGCUACUACCCCAGCGGCCGACUGGCACCGAACGACGCGCCAUGCCGGGAUGACACACCGAACGCGACAUGCUGCGGGCAAGGCUACGCCUGCCUAAGCAACAACAUCUGCCAGGCCACGGGCGAGGAGCUGCAGAAGCCCGGGGCGACCGAGUUCGUGCGAGGGUCCUGUACAGACAAGCAAUGGCGCAGCUCCAGUUGUCCGCUCUUCUGCAUCCAAGACGGCGUCGACCUCUUGGACGGGGGGAACGGCAUCUUCAAGUGCCCCAACACGACCGAGGACCUGUACUUUUGCAUCGACGCUCUCUCGGCGACGGAAGCGAGCUGUGACAAGAAGCAGAAUGUUCUGUUCUUUCCAGGAACGCCGACCGUCAUCACAACCAUCGGCGUCUCGCCCCGCACGACAUCCUCGUCCACGACAUCCUCGUCCACCAGCGAGGCGGUCUCUUCCUCGACCUCGACCCCGGCAGCGUCCACCUCCACGUCCCAAGCCAGCUCGACCUCAGCCUCGCCCACUGAGAGCCAAAGCGCGGGCAGCCAGGUGUCUCAGGCACCGGCGGAUGCUCCCAGCAACAACGGGCCUGGAUCUUCAUCCAACAUCGGCCCAAUCGUCGGAGGCGUCGUCGGGGGCACGGCUGCCGUGAUCCUUGCCGGCGUAGGCGGUUGGCUGCUCGCCCGGAAACGGACAAGCACCGGCGCGGGGGCUGGCAGCGACAGGAACGGUGCCCAGGCUGAAGUAGAGCCCAAAGUUGCCGUCGACAGCACGGUUCCGUAUCACGCAGCCCAUGCCGCGAUACACGAGGUCCCGGGCAGCAUGUGGCCUUCCCAGAUGCAGCAGGCGCAUGCGCAACAACGUUCGUAUGAGCGGCGAGAGCCGACACUGGCUGAACUGCCAGCGGGAAGAGUCAGUCUUAGCUACCUACCUCAGUUGCCGGAAUAGCCAAAGAAACCCAGGUCGCGAAAGCCCCUCGAAGGUGGGGACCCGCUAGUUACCUUACACUACGCCAUGUAUGUACUGUACAGUACUGUACUGUAUGUAUGGACUACGGAAUACGGAACUUGUUACACUAC